AUGAGUUUAACCUCCUAUCUCAGUGUAUAUGUUUUGUGCUCCUAUCGAUAUUCUUUUUUGUGCUAUAAAUUCUAUGUGCUUUUCCUUACUUGGCGUUCUGCGUUAUUUCCCUCAUUUUCUGUUCUGGUGUUCUGCAAUCUGUUUUUUUGGGAAAGGAAAAGACACGCCGACGCCAUUUUAAUUAGCAUUAGGUAUUUCUUCAGGGUAUUGUAUGAUGCUUCUAUUAGCUGA